CGCCCCGCCAAUACACGCAGGGUGGGCGGAGCGCGGGACCCCGGGUCUGAAGGUUUAAACAUGGCGGGAGAGAUCGGGCGGGAGAUGCGGCCCUUCGUCCGGCAGCUCUUCCAAGGCAGUCCGGAUCUCAGCGUCCUCUCCCAGUCUGUGGUGCGCUCCAAGUUCCUGGAUCAUUGUAAGCGAUCGUCUCUGACUGCAGAGGAGCGCCAGACACUGAAGAAGAUCGUGGAGGAAGAGCUGCUGAGGAUGCAGGACGAGGAUGCCAGCGAUGACGAGCCUUUGAUUAAUAUGCAGAAGAGGGCACGGCAAGACAGCGGAGAUGACGUAAAGGAGAGCGCGGAGCCGCCUGGGAAAAGGAGGAAACCGCUAGUAGAUGGCAUUGAGUCAGGAGAGGACUCCGGGAUUGAGCAAAGAGAUGCCAAGAGAAUGUCCAGCAGUUCCCCAGAGGCUCCAACUUCCAAAAAAGGGGACGUGACCCCACAGAAGAUGGAACAAGACGUAGAGAGUGACAGUGAUGGCAAAGAGGUCCUGUCUGAGGAAGGCGCAGGCGACAAGAGUAAGAAAAAGCAGGGAACAGGACCGCAAAAUCCAUCCGCAAGAAAGAGCGCGGUAAAGGCUGAGAAUUCAGAAUUGAGCAGCGGCGACGAGGACGUUACUUCCAAAAAAAAGCUGAAUGAGGAAUCCGAUGGGGAGGAUGAAGAGCCCCCUGAAAACAAAAAGACUUUGCACUCUGACAGCGAAGACAGUGAUGGAGCAAAAAAUAAAAAGAGCGCGCAGAGUGAGGAUUCCGACAGCGAGGAAGAAAUGACACUUUCCAAACUGAAAACCUUGGAGGCUGAAAGGAAGGAGAAAUCCACGGACAGCAAGGAUAAGCCGAAGAAAAAGGUCCAAGCCAAACCGAAACCCAAACCGAAGCCCAAACAAGCUGCUGCCAAGCCAGGGAAGAGACCACAGAAGAAAGAGAUGGCCCACGAAAGCGAGGCAAGCAGUGAAAACGAGGAUGAAGAGAAGGGGAAGGGUAAGAAAGACAGCGAUGAAGAGGGAAGAAAGAAGGGACAGAAAAAAGAGAGUGAUGGUGAGGAGGAAAGUCCAACCAAAAGGAGAAUGAAGACGACCAUGCUAAGAAAAGUGAGCGCACUGAAAGCAAGUAACAAGAGGGAGAGUGCGGCCAAGAGAAAGCCAAAGGAGGAGAGCGACAGCGAGGAGGAGGAGAGCGACAGUGAGGAGGAGGAGGAGUACACGCCCAAGAGGAGAGUAAAGGCUGCGCCGAAAAAACAGAGCGACAGUGAGAAGAAGCGCACACCCAAGAGGAAAGUAAAGGCUGCACCGAAAAAACAGAGCGACAGUGAGGAGGAGGAGGAGGAGUACACGCCCAAGAGGAAAGUAAAGGCUGCAUCAAAAAAACAGAGCGACAGUGAGGAAGAGAAGUACACGCCCAAGAGGAAAGUAAAGGCUGCAUCAAAAAAACAGAGCGACAGUGAGGAGGAGAAGUACACGCCCAAGAGGAAAGUAAAGGCUGCACAGAAAAAACAGAGCGACAGUGAGGAGGAGUAUACGCCCAAGAGGAAAGUAAAGAAGACUGCUUCCAAGAAACGUAGUGACAGCAAGGAGGCAGACAGUCCAGCUAAGAGAGCACCAAGGAAGGCCACAUCAAAACAAUAUAGUGAGAGCGAGGAGGAAGAGAGUCCGGCCAAGAGGACAGCAAAGAAAACCACAUCAAAGAAACAUAGUGACAGUGAAGAGGAAAAGAGUCCGGCCAAGAGGACAGCAAAGAAAAACUCAUCAAAGCAAUCUAGUGAGAGCGAGGAGGAAGAGAGUCCGGCCAAGAAACAGUCUCUUAAAGACAGUGACAGUGAGGAGGAAGAGAGUCCGGCCAAGAAACAGUCUCUUAAAGACAGUGACAGUGAGGAGGAAGAGAGUCCGGCCAAGAAACAGUCUCUUAAAGACAGUGACAGUGAGGAGGAAGAGAGUCCGGCCAAGAAACAGUCUCUUAAAGACAGUGACAGUGAGGAGGAAGAGAGUCCGGCCAAGAAACAGUCUCUUAAAGACAGUGACAGUGAGGAGGAAGAGAGUGCGGUCAAGCCUGCAUCAUCAAAGGCCAGCGACAGCGAGGAGGAAAAAAAGAGCCCAGCAAAAGCAUCUAAAGAGAGUGAUAGUGAUAUGGAUGAGGAUGACAAGAGUUCAGUGAAAAAAGGAUCAAAUAAAGAGACUGACAGUGAAGGAGAAGAGCGUUCUGCAAGGAAAAAGAAGAGCAGCAGCGAGGAGGGCACCAGAAGAAAGGAAAAAUCGACCAAGCAAACCAGCAGACCGACUGGGACCAAAAAAACAGCCAAUGACAAAGCGGAACGCAGCAAAGGUGGGAAGGGUAAGAAGGCGUCAAAGGGCAGCGACUCCCAUGACAGCGAUGAGAUGAGCAAGGAUAAAGGCAAAGAUGACAAAGACAGCGAUUUGUCUGACGUGUCCGAAGAUGGCAAAAAAGGCAAAGAUGCCAAGAAGAACAGCAAGAGCACCUCCAAGGAAGAUCACCCGCACAUCAUUCGGCUGAAGAAAUACAUCGUGUCCUGCGGGACUCGGAGGAACUACAAGAAGCUGUUUCAGAACUGCAAAUCUGUGAAAUCCAUGGUGGAGGUGCUGAAGAAGGAGCUGGAGGACCUGGGGGUGAAAGGAAAUCCGAGUCUGGAAAAGUGCCGCAUCGUGCGACUGAAGAGGGAGGAGGCGGCUGAGCUGGCCGAACUGGACACCAGUAACAUCAUCGCUGUGGCCGGACGCCCCCGGCGCCGUAACACCUGGAACCCCUAUAAGGCUUCCUCGUCUCUUGACGCUGCUCUUCCUCCCACCUACCGCAAGGAGCUGUCCUCUGACUCCGAGGCGGAGGAAGGACCCCCCCGCAAGAAGAAGCCCAUGGAUUGGUCCGGUUUAAAGGGCAUCAUCAGUGACGAUGGCGACAGCGAAUAAUCUAUGCUUCUUGCCUAUUUUAGGACAUCUGAGAACAUGUGACUAUUCUUUCUGCAGACAAAUCUGUAUUCCUUUCUAGCGCCCCUUAGUGAUGGAUCAGCAGAACUGCAAGCUGAAAAGUAAGGUCGCAGUAAUUUUAUCAUUGUGCCAAAAUUCUUCAUUUGGAUCUGUUACCUGCAAGAACCACUUAGUUUUUUGUUUUCUGGAGGUUGGAACAGAACGGAGCCUGUGAAUUGUACCAUGUCUGAGGCACACAUUGCCUCACGUCUCAUCCAUGUGAUGAGUCCCUGGCAGAGAUCUAGACUUCAAUGAACUGUUGGUGCCAAAUGAAGGAUCUUGAACAAGUAAAGGGAAUCUUGGUUGCGGAGACUUGGACACUUUUGAUGAACAAAUGGGUUUCUUUUAAAGCAGUGAUCAUCAUCCCUGUCCUCAGGGCCCACUAACAGGCCAGGUUUUAUGGAUUACCUUGGGGAGAUGCAGACUAGAAUAC